AUGUUGAGGAGUGGGAAAGAGUUAUCUAAAAUUGAAAAGAAGCUGAAACAAGAAAUUGAUGAGAAAGAUGAUGGGGUGGUAGAAAAUGAGAAAAUUCAAACACCGAUGCUUAAGGAAUACAAACCACCAAUUCCAUAUCCGAGAAAGUUGAAGAAAGACCAUAUGACGAACAAUUUGGAAAUUGUUCAUAGGGACACAUUGGAACUAUUUUGUGUUCAAUGUGAGAAGGUUGAUGGAGAUAAUUCUGGGAUAAUUGAAAUGAGAAUUAAGUUGGAUGCUAAAGAGUUUGAGACCAGUGAGGUGAGUCCUAUGCAAGUUAUUCCUAAGAAAGGAGGCAUGAUUAUUGUUGCUAAUGAGAAAAACGAGUUGAUCCCAACAAGAACAGUCAUUGGGUGGAGAGUCUGUAUUGACUACAGGAAGCUGAACAAUGCUGCAGGAAAAUACAAUUUUCCUCUACCAUUCAUGGAUCAAAUGUUGGAGAGGUUGUCUGGUCACAUGUACUACUACUUUCUAGAUGGACUUUCUGGUUACUUUCAAACCCCAAUAGCUCUUGAGGAUCAAGAAAAGACGACAUUUACAUGUCCAUAUGGUACAUUUGCUUAUCGACAAAUGCCUUUUGGAUUAUGUAAUGCCCCUGCUACUUUUCAGCGUUGCAUGUUAGUCAUCUUUGAUGAAUUUUUGGAAUACAAUUUGAGAUGCCAGAGGACAAGUAAUAUUUCCAAACGUGAUGAAAUGCCUAAAACUUAUAUACUUUCUUGUGAAAUUUUUGACAUUUGGGGUAUUGAUUUCAUGGGACCAUUUCCUAGUUCUUAUGGUGAAAAGAGAAUGCUGCAGCUGAAUGAGCUAGAUGAAUGGCGAGCAAAUGUUUAUAAAAGCUCAAGAGUGUACAAAGAAUUAACAAAGCGACACGAUGAUGCUUAUUUAAAGCAACUUAAGCAAUUCACAGUUGGAGAUUGA